AUGGACGAGACCGACGAUUCCAGCUUGCUAAAGAAGCAUAUUGCCUUGAUUCAAGCUGACACCAAGAGCUUAGAAGAAAGUGAGGUGAGUGGCACGCCCAUCUUCACCGAGUCUGUGAGACAACAUGGCAACAAUGCGUCCACCUCGAAUGGGGAGAUAUUUACUCAGUAUGGAUUACUGGGAGGGGACGUCGCAAAGCUCCACGCAAGCAAGGACAUGGAGCUGGACAUUGAAAACGACCCGAGAGUUUUCUACAACAUCAAAGCCCCCUCGAGCGUCUUCAUUUGCGGCAGCCAGGGCUCGGGGAAGAGUCAUACCCUGAGCUGCUUGCUUGAGAACUGUCUCAUACCCACGGAUGCAAAUACCCUGCCCAGACCUCUCACCGGCAUAUUGUUUCACUACGAUCCCUUUUUUUCGGAUAACCGAGGCCAACGCUGCGAAGCCGCCUCCAUCUCUUCGCACGCGGGUGUGAAAGUCCGUGUCUUGUGCCCCCCAACAAACGUGGGACAAAUCAAAAAACUGUAUAAAUCGCUGCCAAAUGUUGAAGUUGAGGAGCUGCGAAUCAGCCAGCGAGACCUCAAUACCAAACGAAUGCUGGAUCUUAUGGCAGUCAGCUCCAUUCAAGGAGGAACCAUGCCACUGUAUCUGCAUAUCGUGACUCGCAUCCUGAGAGAACUCAGGGUCCAGCAACAGAAAAAAGGCGGCCACUUUAAUUACAGAGCUUUCCGCAAGGCCAUUGCGGCAGCAGAACUCAGCCCAGGGCAGUCUGGACCUCUGGAACAGAGACUCGACACUCUGGAAAGUUUCAUGGCAGAGGAAGACGUUGCUGAAAGCAAAAUCCCCGGGUUUACCUCCUACAAGCCCAAGGGCAAGCAGUCCAUGUUUGACCCCAACGAGUUCACAAGCACAGCCACCACAUGGGAACCAAAGGCCGGGCAGUUGACCAUUGUCGACUUGUCCUGUCCCUGCGUCACCGCCGAGUCUGCGUGCUCGCUGUUCAACAUCUGCCUGAACUUGUUCCUGGAGCAGCCCUCGGACGACAUUGGACGAGUGAUUGCCCUCGACGAAGCCCACAAGUACAUGACGGAAAGCGCGGAUAGCCAAACCCUCACCGACUCACUCCUGUCCGCCAUUCGCCUCCAGAGGCAUCUCGGCGCGCGUAUCGUCAUUGCGACGCAGGAGCCGACGAUUUCCCCGAAGCUCCUGGACCUCUGCUCGGUGACGGUCGUGCACCGCUUCACGUCACCGAAUUGGCUGGGCAGCCUGAAGAACCACCUGGCAGGGGCGACGGCAGGCUGGAAAACCGCCACAGAGGGAGAAGGAGAAUCUGGGAAGAGCAGCGCAGAGAGCAUGGCUGAGCUCCUGAGCCGCAUCGUCUCUCUUCGUCAGGGGGAAGCUCUGUUGUUCUGCCCCAGUGGUAUCGUUGGUGUCAAGACGCCUAAAAGGACUGAUGACAUUGAUGGAAUUGCGGAUGGGUUUGCAAAAUGGUGUCUCGAGCAGGAUCGUUCGGGUGCGUAUUCUGAUUGCGGGAAUGGCCUGGACUAUCUGGGCCAAAGGAUUAUGAAGAUUCGCGUCAGAGAGCGAAUCACCGAAGACGGAGGAAAGAGUGUAAUGGCCGGUUAG